AUCUCUCUUUCUGUGCUGUGCUUGUGCUGUGUUUGUUUUCUCUUUAAAACUUCGCUUUCAAGUCUUUCACCCCGUGACUCACUCUCUCUUCUCUUCUCUCUCUUUACGUUAUAAAUAACUCCAACUCUCUCCACUGGCUACUAAGAUUCAUCAUCAUCUUCAUUCAACCAAAUUAAUGGCACUCCUCAAGUGCACUUUUCUCCUCUGCAUCAUCACGUUUUUCCUGUCCCUGCUCACUUUUCAUACCACCGCCGGUAGGCACGAUUACGGUGAUGCAUUGUCCAAGGCGAUCCUCUUCUUCGAGGGGCAGCGAUCGGGGUUUCUGCCGCAGGACCAGAGGAUGAACUGGCGGGGGAAUUCCGGACUCAGCGACGGUUGGACUCACAAAGUCGACCUCACCGGCGGUUACUACGACGCCGGUGAUAACGUCAAAUUCGGGUUUCCGAUGGCGUUUUCCACGACAAUGCUGUCGUGGAGCGUCAUUGAAUUCGGAGAUAUAAUGCCUCCUCAAGAGCUUAGAAACGCAUUGGUGGCUAUUCGUUGGAGUACUGAUUAUUUGCUCAAAACCAUUUCUCAUCCCAACCGCAUCUUCGUUCAGGUGGGUGAUCCAAUUGCAGACCACAACUGUUGGGAGAGGCCUGAAGACAUGGACACAAGCAGGACAGCUUAUGUGGUUGAUGCACCCAACCCUGCUUCUGAUAUCGCCGGCGAAACUGCAGCUGCACUGGCAGCUGCAUCCAUGGCAUUCAAGUCAUCUGAUCCCGGUUAUUCAGAGACCUUGCUCCGUAAUGCUAUUAAGGCCUUUCAAUACGCUGAUAACUAUAGGGGUGCCUACAGUGACAAUGCUGAUGUUCACAAUGCUGUCUGCCCUUUUUAUUGUGAUUUUGGUGGAUACCAGGACGAAUUGUUAUGGGGAGCAGCAUGGUUAAGAAGGGCUACACAAGGUGACAAUUUCCUCAAUUACAUUCAAAGCAAUGGCCAAACGAUGGGUGCGGAAGAAAGUAUAAAUGAGUUUGGCUGGGAAAACAAGCAUGCUGGCCUUAAUGUUCUUGUCUCCAAGGAAGUCUUAGAAGGGAAAGUAUACUCUCUUGAAUCUUACAAGACCUCAGCAGAGAGCUUCUUAUGCACAUUGAUACCUGAAUCAUCAAGUUCACACAUAGAGUACUCUCCUGGUGGGCUCAUAUACAAGCCCGGAGGCAGCAACUUACAGCACGCAACUUCAAUUGUUUUCCUUCAAUUGGUGUAUGCAAAUUACCUUUCCCGCACCUCACAAACCGUCAAUUGUGGGAAUGUCCUUGUUAGUCCACAAACACUUCGCCAACGUGCUAAACAGCAAGUUGAUUACAUCUUAGGAGACAAUCCAAUGGGUUUAUCCUACAUGGUUGGCUAUGGAGACAAGUAUCCUCAACGCAUUCACCAUCGCGGCUCGUCUUUACCCUCUAUUAAGGAUCAUCCUCGUCACAUUGCAUGCCAUGAUGGUACACCCUACUUCAAUUCAACAAAUCCUAACCCCAAUGUUCUUGUAGGAGCUGUUGUUGGAGGACCUGAAAAAGAUGAUAUCUAUGUGGAUGAUAGGGCUGAGUUUAGGAAGUCUGAGCCAACCACAUACAUCAAUGCGCCAUUUGUUGGGAUUUUAGCAUACUUUGCUGCUAAUCCCAAUCCUUAAUUAGUAAUUACUUGUUAUACAGAUCUAAGAAUCUGUUUUUUGUGAGUUAAAAAAUAUAGAGGGAGAGUGUCUCUCAUCUUGUGAAAAAGCAAGAAGGAAGAGGCUUGCUUGUGUUUGGAUACAAAGGAACAUUUAUUAAAGAAUUUGAAUUGAAUUGGUGGCUUUUCCAUUACAAAGGAUGAAAUAUAAAAGUUUGAUUCCUAUAUAUACCUUUUCCCCCCUUGAAUUUACCCAAGAUAAUUUGAGUGAGGUUGUCAUAUAUACAUAUUGUGGGUGUUUGUUCAUUACAUUUGAAGUUCGCAAUGCUGCUAAUGUAAACCUUUAUUGGUUGUGUCUUAAUGAUAAUUAUUUGCAAGAUCAGGUCCGUGGU